UUCACGGGCACCAAAACGCAUAGAGCAUUCUCACUAGUAUCGAGUACCAUUGUCAUCUCUAUACGAUCCUCACUCUUGAUGUACCCAAAGGGGGAAAAAACCAUUCUCCCGAUGAAAAGCCUCCCUAGAUCCGCUAUGACCUCUCUGAAAGUGUGUUCGUCGAAGGACCCAGCCAAGUGAUUUAUAUCUGCCACUGCCACUGCCACCCAAUUUGUUUCUUCUCCUUGCCAAACCCUCCAGCCCUAAUCGCAAACAAUUCCACCAUUAGAGGGCUUGCCACUGUCCCCACCACUGCUACAAUUUCAGAAAAUUCAUCCCUAAAACACACAUCCAACCCCCGACCCAUUCUGCAUCCGAUGGUAGGUUUUGCCGCGCCGCUGAGGGCAUGGACACUGAGCUCCACCGAGCUUUAAUGUCCGCCUGGGUCUCUUACCAUUACCACUGAGGUUACUGUCUCUGCUGAGAUGGCGUCUUCACAAAAUGUUGAGUUGGAGGCAGCCAAGUUCCUGCACAAACUCAUUCAAGAAUCUAGAGAUGAGCCGGCAAAACUGGCUACAAAACUUUUCGUGAUACUGCAACACAUGAAAUCAAGUGGGAAAGAGCAUUCCAUGCCAUAUCAAGUAAUAUCGAGGGCAAUGGAGACCGUCAUUAAUCAACAUGGUCUUGAUAUUGAAGCUUUGAGGGCAUCACGGCUUCCUCUGUCUGGUGGAACUCAGAUAGCUGAUUCUCCAACUGCACAAUAUGCGGGUUCUUCAAGUGCUGUCGGUGCUGCUAAAGAUUCCAAAAUGGGUAUAUCUGGAAGUGAGAUGUCAAAAAGUGGUCCACUUGCUUCAAGUAAGCCACCUGUUGGCCCAAGUAGUACAGAUCAUGAUUAUUAUCAAGGAUCCGCAACUCAUCGGAGUGGUCAAUCUUUUGAUCAAGAAAGUCCAUCUAGUUUGGAUUCAAGGUCUGCUAACUCACAGUCACAAGAGAAGCAUGAUUCAGUGAAUUGGGACAAACAAUUAAAUGAUAAGGAUGGGAAGAAGGGCACAAAAAAAAGGAAAAAGGUGGAUACGUCAGGUGUGGAACCACCUAGUGACAAUGCUCAUCAACUUGAUACCCGCAAUUCGUUGGUUAAUCCUAGGAAUGUGAAGUCGAACAGGGUUGAGCCACCAGCAUAUCUAGUUAAGGGAGGCAAUACUGAACAGGCAAAGCACGGAUUAACAAAAGCUGCUGAAAAGCCUAUUGAUCCUCAAAUAUAUUCUGCAAACCGGGGUGAUGGGACAUCUACUUCCGGUGAAAAGGUUUUGGAGAGCGAAUUGCCUAUAUCUAGCACAUCAUCAAUUGAUACUACUAAGAUGAUUCAGGGUGCAUGGCGGAACAAUGGACCAGAAAUGAGUAUGUUGCGGAACACAGUUUCUAGAGAAGCAGGAAAGCUUCCUGUUUCUCAGGUUUCUACCUCUUCCCAAUCUCGUUUACCUUUCAAGGAACAACAAUUGAAGCAACUAAGGGCUCAGUGCCUUGUAUUUUUAGCAUUCAGAAAUGGUUUAAUGCCAAAGAAACUGCAUCUCGAAAUUGCCCUUGGGAAUAAUUUUCCUAAAGAAGAGGGGCUUCGCAAAGAUGUUGAUCCUAGAGGUAUUGCUCAAUCUUUUAGUGAGGCCAGAAGUACCACUGAAGUCAUGAUGGCAUCAGGAAAAUUGGACGCUGCAAGGGAAAUAGGUACCAUGAUCCCAGGCACUGUAUGUGCUGGAAGAAUCUAUGAGGCUGACUCCAUGAAAGAAGUAGAUAAUAGGAGAGUGGAGGAUAAGGGUCCUCCUAAUUAUUCUGUUCAAGCCGAAGUAAGGAAGCCAGAUGCUGAACUGAUGCGGGAAAAAACAUUUUCACAGACAUGCUUGAGCACUGGAUCACAUCCGCCUGACUUUUCAGGUGCAAGGGGGUGUUUAACUGGUAAUAAUCCUGUUGAGGAUUUGGAGAAUAACAAUAUUCUGAUUGGACAUACCAAUCAAGCCACUGCUGCAGUGAGUAUGAGUAAGCCACUAAACCCUGAAACAGUUAGCUGGGCAGGAAUUGGCAGCACCAAUGAGGUUUCUAGGGGAAGUCUACCAGCCUUUGCUAGUCAGCAUGAGUUGGUAGUUGAUAGAAAGAAUAAUGUAGCUGCUCAGUUGCACGUUGUUCGAAACAAUAGUGGUUUGGGGAGUCAACAUAUUGAUAGCCAGUCUUCUUUUUCAAUAGGAGAGCGCUGGAAACCUAUCUCUGGGACUUGUGAUGAAUACCAUGCUGUAAUGCCUUCCAGAGAUGCUGGUGUGAUCCCAAACCUUGCAUCUCAUGAUGAUAUUAAUGUGCCAGAAUCUGAAUCUAGGUGCAUUACAGAACUGCACAAAGUGGCAUCUGUUGAUGAAGUGAAAAAUGGCAGCCUAAAUACUAUGGAACAAGAAGAUGAUGGUAAGUCGGCACCAUCUGAUUUGCCAACGUCUCCAAAGUACACCAUGUCAGAGAAAUGGAUUAUGGAUCGGCAGAAAAAGAAACUCCUAAAUGAGCAAAAUUGGUUACUGAAACAACAAAAAACUGAGAAACGCAUUGCCACUUGUUUUGAUAAGUUAAAGGACACUGUCAGCUCAUCGGAAGAUAUAUCUGCAAAAACCAGAAGUGUAAUUGAAUUGAAAAAACUUCAACUCUUGCAGCUUCAGCGCCGCCUCCGGAAUGAUUUUCUUAAUGAUUUCUUCAAACCAAUUUCAACUGAGAUGGACCGCUUGAAAUCUUUCAAGAAGCAUAAACAUGGUAGGAGGAUUAAACAACUUGAAAAAUUUGAGCAGAAAAUGAAGGAGGAGAGGCAAAAGAGAAUACGGGAGAGGCAAAAGGAGUUCUUUGGUGAGAUAGAAGUUCACAAGGAAAGACUUGACGAUGUAUUUAAAGUUAAGAGAGAGAGAUGGAAGGGUUUCAAUAAGUAUGUCAAGGAGUUCCACAAAAGGAAGGAAAGAAUUCAUCGCGAAAAGAUUGAUAGAAUACAGCGUGAGAAGAUCAAUCUUUUAAAGAUCAACGAUGUAGAAGGGUAUUUGCGGAUGGUGCAGGAUGCAAAAUCAGAUCGUGUUAAGCAACUUCUCAAGGAGACUGAGAAAUAUCUUCAAAAGCUUGGAUCCAAGCUACAGGAGGCAAAGUCCACGGCGAGUCACUUUGAGCAUGAUAUGGAUGAUGGAGGAGCUGUGAGUGUCGUUGAAAAAAGUGAAACUGCAAUUGAAAAUGAAGAUGAAAGCGAUCAGGCAAAGCAUUAUUUGGAAAGUAACGAGAAGUACUACUUGAUGGCUCAUAGUGUUAAGGAAAGCAUAGCUGAGCAACCAUCUUGUCUUCAGGGAGGAAAGUUGAGGGAGUAUCAGAUGAAUGGCCUUAGGUGGCUUGUUUCGCUGUACAACAACCAUUUGAAUGGAAUUCUUGCUGACGAAAUGGGGCUUGGAAAAACUGUUCAGGUAAUUUCCCUAAUCUGUUAUUUGAUGGAGACUAAGAAUGAUCGAGGUCCCUUUUUGGUGGUCGUGCCAUCGUCAGUUUUACCUGGAUGGGAGUCAGAGAUCAACUUCUGGGCCCCAAGUAUCCUUAAAAUUGUGUAUUCUGGGCCUCCAGAAGAGAGGCGCAAAUUAUUCAAGGAGAGAAUUGUUCAUCAAAAAUUUAAUGUACUUCUGACCACAUACGAGUAUCUGAUGAACAAGCAUGAUAGGCCAAAACUAAGCAAAAUUCAUUGGCACUAUAUUAUAAUUGAUGAAGGCCAUCGCAUAAAGAAUGCUUCUUGCAAGUUGAAUGCUGAUCUGAAGCACUAUCACAGUUCUCACAGAUUACUCUUAACUGGAACACCACUACAGAACAACCUUGAGGAACUGUGGGCCUUACUGAACUUUUUGUUGCCAAAUAUUUUUAACUCAUCGGAAGAUUUUUCUCAGUGGUUCAACAAACCAUUUGAGAGCAAUGGUGAUAAUUCGGCUGACCAAGCCUUGCUGUCUGAAGAGGAGAAUCUUUUGAUAAUAAACCGACUUCAUCAAGUGGAAAAUGAACUUCCAGAAAAGAUUGAAAGACUUGUGAGAUGUGAGGCUUCUGCAUAUCAAAAACUUUUGAUGAGGAGAGUAGAGGACAACCUUGGUUCAAUUGGAAGUACAAAGGUCCGAUCAGUGCAUAACUCGGUGAUGGAGCUGCGUAAUAUCUGCAACCAUCCUUAUCUUAGCCAACUUCAUGCAGAGGAGGUUGACAAUUUGAUACCUAAGCAUUAUCUACCACCAAUUGUUAGACUCUGUGGAAAGCUUGAGAUGUUAGAUAGAAUAUUACCAAAGCUAAAAGCAACUGAUCAUCGGGUUCUCUUCUUUUCCACCAUGACUAGAUUGCUUGAUGUCAUGGAGGAAUAUCUUCACUGGAAACAAUAUCGAUACCUACGAUUAGAUGGACAUACAUCUGGGGGUGAUCGUGGUGCACUGAUAGAUCGAUUUAAUGGGCAAAAUUCUCCCUAUUUUAUAUUCCUUCUUAGCAUUCGAGCUGGUGGUGUGGGAGUGAACCUCCAAGCUGCUGAUACAGUGAUUAUCUUUGACACAGACUGGAAUCCACAGGUUGAUCUACAGGCACAAGCAAGGGCUCAUAGGAUUGGCCAGAAGAGGGAUGUGCUUGUUCUUAGAUUUGAAACAGUUCAAACAGUGGAAGAACAAGUGAGAGCUGCCGCGGAGCAUAAACUUGGAGUGGCUAACCAGAGUAUUACAGCUGGUUUUUUUGACAACAAUACAAGUGCUGAAGAUCGAAGGGAAUAUUUGGAAUCUCUUCUACGUGAGUGUAAGAAAGAAGAAGCCGCACCUGUACUGGAUGAUGAUGCUCUGAAUGAUCUCCUAGCACGCAGUGAGUCAGAGAUCGAUGUGUUUGAAACAAUCGAUAAAGAACGGCGAGAGCAAGAGACGGCGACAUGGAAGAAGCUGGUGCUUGGUCAUGGAUUUUCUGAGCCUGUUCCUUCAAUUCCUUCACGUCUUGUAACAGAUGAUGACCUGAAAGAAUUCUAUGAAGCAAUGAAGAUAACUGAAGUACCAAAAUCUGGGGAGGUUGCCCAUGUAGGGGUAAAGAGGAAGAGCGAGUAUCUUGGGAGCCUUGACACCCAACAUUACGGGAGAGGAAAGCGGACGAGAGAGGUACGAUCCUACGAGGAACAGUGGACAGAAGAGGAAUUUGAAAAGAUGUGCAAGGUUGACUCACCUGAAUCCCCCAGGCCAAAGGAAGCUGUGACAGGAGAAUCAUCGACCAAUAUUAGUGGAUCAGUAGCAGCUGUUUUGAAGAAAGAACUUCCUACUACCUCCCCACUGCCUCCUGUUCAGCCUACACCUCAGCUUCAAACACCACCUUCGAAGCGAGGUCGUGGAAGACCAAAAAGGUCUACUGUAGAUAAGUUGCCUGCUCCAGUGGUUCCUCCAUCUCCUUCUGUAACAGGCAAAGUGGACAUGAGGUUACAAGGAGAAACUAUUUCAAGCAUUCAUAAAACUGGUUUCCUUGAUUCUUUGCCUAGUCAAGGAACAAGUGAUCAGCUUGCUACAGGUAGUACUCCAAACUCUCAGUUAACUGCCCCAGUCUCUUCUAUAAUUCCUGCCUCCGAGUCAGCUCCAGCUUGCUCUCCUGCACCAGUUCAAGCGAAAGGUCGGAAGUCUCAAACUGGACAAGAAGCACCUCGAAGAAGGGGUAAGAAACAGGGGCUGGUACCACCUCCUGUUCCUGGCAGUCUAUCCUCUGAUUUAAGACAAGAUGACCUAUCACAGGAUAAAGCCACAAACCCAGUGGCAAAUCAAGUUAAUGUUGCAACCGACAUUGUUUCUAAUGCUUCUACCGCCCAGCUUCCCACUCAUUUUCCUGGUUCUACCCCUUCAAAAUGUGUCAAUGUACCUAAUGAUCAACUUGCCAUUGGGGUCUCGUCAAAUUUGGAACCUAGUCCUGCUUUGCCUUCUGUGGCUUCUAUCUCUCAAUUUGCUCCUCUUUUAAAUCCUCAACCGGUACAGCCUAGAGGACUUAGUCGGAAGACUCAAAGUGCAGCUGGAGCACCACGACGUAGAGGAAAGAAACAGGCAGCAGCAACUCCUGCAUUGCCUAACGCCAUGGCUGGUGCUAGUCUAAGUUCAAAUGUGAAUUUGCAAACAACCCUUAUUGAUUCUUCAUCAAGUAAGGCUGUUGUUGUCACUACUACUAAAGAGAAUACCGUCAAUCAGGUGCCACAUAUUAUCUCUGAGAAGUCGCUCCAGCAAUCUGAUGGAAGUACUGUACAGGGUCGAGAAUCUACUAAACUGUCAGAUAAAUCUAAUCAAGGGUCUACUCCUGAACAAAAUCAAAAUGCUAAUUUACGUGACAUUUCUGUUGUGACCAAGGAGGUUUCUUCUGGGGAUUGCACAGCCAAAGCAAACUCUUCUGAGCACUUGGGUAAUUGUGCUGGUACUGCCCAGGAUUCAACCGCAUCAAAUAAAAGUGUCGAUGAGACAUUGAAGAGCCAUAGUUUGCGGGACACACCUCAUCCAGUUAUAUCAACUCCAGAAACUGCAAUUCCAAUAUGUGGUCUGCCAGCCGUUUCUUUACCUGGAUCUGUUGCCGUGGGUACAAGUCCCAAAACUAAAAUAGAUGUUGCUCCCGAGACUGCUCCUAGUUCCCAGCCAAUCCAAUCAUUUCCAUCAAUGGCUUCAACCUUGCAAUUUGCAUCUCAGUCUCCAUCUGAACAUGUGCAACCUAAAAGGCAAGGUCGUAAGACAGCAAACAGGGAAGAACCCCCUAGGCGUAGGGGAAGAAAACCGGCCUCACUGCCUCCUGUCGUUCUCGAUGGUUCAGCAAGCAAGGAGUCCAAAGAUAGUAGUAAAGACAUAAGAGGUAAAACUGGGAUUGAUAAUCUAGAAUCAACCAGUGUUCAGAAUCACGCAGGUGCUACCAAAAUUGUAGAUACUGUGCACUGCCAGGGUCCGAAAAGAAAAGAGCAAGCACCCAAACCUGCCCAGCAUAAGCAGAUGUUGGCAUCAUCAACAAAGAUUGAUGCUACUGGAGCCUUGGACAGGACCUCUGCAUCAGGCCGUUAUCAAGCUGCAAAUGUAAAUGAUGUUGCUCGGGUAAUGAAGGAGGUCUUCUCUGGGACUGGCUUGUCAAAAGCUAAAGUUGGAGAGUCGUCUGGGAAAGAGAACAAGGAUGCCCCCGCAAUACCUGUUUUGAGCAAGUCCUCUGUGGAGGUGAUCAGAAAUCAUAAAUCAGAGGCUGUGGCUACUUCAGCUACAAUUUCAAAUACUGACAUUCCAGCUGAGGCCCAUGAAAAAGAAUCUUCAGUUGUAGCUAGUGAAAUAAGACCAGAGUUUGCAAAUGCUUUUGAAAAAUCUAUCAUUCCGAAGAUAGAUGAUGGAAAUUAUGGAAGUAUAAAGUCUGAUGCAGAAAAUAAAUUGGUCGAAUCAGGAGAAACAUCAACUGGAUGCUUAACUGUGGCAAGUGACGUGAGAUCAAUGUCUCCAUGUCCUCUUGGUACUGGUCCUGAUGAUGGUAUUCGUGGUAGUUCAGGGGACUCAACGAAUCUGGUUGGUUCAUCUAUGUCUUCGCCGUGCUCUAAAGAUCCUCCUGCCGCAAUUGAUACAGAUUGUGGAGAUAUAAGUGUAAUUUCUUUGAAUGAAUCUCUUAAAUCUUUUCUUCAGGUUAGUGGCUCUGCAAUUUCGUCAAACGCCAACAAUGCUGACCAUAAUCCCCCAGAAGCCUCACCUGUUUUAUCAAGUCCUAGUGAAUCUGAUGCAUCAAAGGCUCUUAAGGUGAUGGAUAAUGUAUCAGAGAACGAAACAAACCCUGUUGUUGGAGGAUCUUUGAAAUCUUCUCCUGAUAGAAGCAGCCAUGAAUUUCCCUCAUCUUUGAAGAAUGAUGGUGAAAAUCUUCCUGCUCCUACAUUGCCUAUUCCUUCCGAUAGCAGCCAUUUAAGUACGGUAACUGCUCCAUGUACGACUCAAAUGGAUUAUGAGAACAGGCCAGAGCCAUCUCUGGAAGAGAUUCAAGAAUGCCCUCUUGCUGCCACAAUGAUUGUCGAUAAUACCAGAGAAAAUGCAGAAAUUUCGGCUAACCAAGCUUGUCACAGUGAACUGUCUUCUGAUACCUGUAAGAAAACUAUUGACGAUGAAAAAAUGCCUUCUGUGGAUUGUCCCAGUGAAUUGUCUUCUGAUAUUCGAAAGAAUACUCUUGACGAUGAAAAAGUUCCUUCUGGGGGCUGUCCCAGUGAACUGUCUUCUGAUGCACACAUGCCAGGUCCCGAACUUGAAGUUCAAGGAUGCCUUUCUGUAACUGCUACGGAUAUUGAGGUGAAUGAUACCGAUCCUGCUCUUGAACAAAUGGAUGCUUCCUCAAAGCAGGAUGAUGACAUUUUGCUGGGGAGGUCUAGUGGUAAUGAAAAUCAUUUUAACACAGAUGCUCCUAGUAUGGUGACGCAUAUAUCGGGAAAUAACUUAGAGCCUGCUUCAGAAGAAUUGCCAAAUUUUCCUUCAUCUGGUAAUGGUAGCGUUCAAGUCCAUGAAGUUCUUGCUGGAAGUCCUGAUGAUUCAGAUAUAGCUAAAUUUGGUAGAGGUUCUGCUGUGGAGUUUGAUGAUUUGCUACCUCCUAGAGUUGAGGCUGUGGAAUGCUCUUUUAAAACUGAUGUUGAAGGCCAGAAGAUAUCGGAAACAAAUGAUAGUGGUAAUCAUAUUCUGGAGGGGAAUUCAAAGGUACCAGAUAAUGUGGAAAAAGUAAUGGAAGAGAAUUCUGAAUUUGUCGAUCACGAGGCUGUUCCCGAGAACCACAUUCCAAUAUCUCUGGUCCAGGAUAACAAAGAUAACAAGUCUGAAAGCCAUGACGCAUGUCUCAUGGAUAUGGACAUCCCCAGGAGUGAUUAUAUAAUAGAUGUUGCAUAUGCUGGUGGAGAAAUCCCUGCUGAUGCUUCACCUUCAACAAUGGAGGAAGAAAAGGACUCAAAAAGUUCUACUGCUGUUCAAAUGGACGUUGAUGACAGAGAAUGUGCACCAGAAGAUAGAACUAAUAAUAUGGAUCUGCCAUCAUCUUCGAUGCAGGGAGGGAAAGAAAAUUGUUCUUUCACGGCUGUGGUAGAUCAAGUUGAUAGUUUACGGAACCUGAAGGAACCCAAAAAUGUUGGAGUUAAUGCCAAUCUUCAAAUCAAUGCAUCUCAGGAUGAUGAUGUUAUGGUUUCUGAAAACCUUGUGCGAGAAAAUUCAAAUGAUUCUACAUCUAUUGCAUCACAGGAAGAAAAGAUUGUGGGAUCUGGUGAGAUAAAUCAAGUGUCUCCCGGGGAGCAAAAUCAAUCUAAUACUCAAGUUGAGGGUGAUCUUCUUGAUCGUGUUGAAGAAGAUAAAUCAGGAAAUUUGGCCCAACCUUCAUCUUUCUCGGAAGAUAAGGAAAUAAAUAUGAUGUUGUACAAUACAAGUUUAGGUAAUUCAGGUGAUCAAACUGAUUUACCUGUAUCCUCAUCCACGGUGAUAGACAGAGAGAAGAUUGGGAAUUCGGCAAAUGAUGAUUUGUGUGACUGCACGGUUGUGCUCACUUCAUCCGACAGGAAUGAGGGCUUGUCUCAAAUAGAUCCCAUUAGCUCCCCAGUCUCUGUGGAAGGACCAAGUAAUUGUCAGAUGAAAAGUAGUGACCAUGUGGUUGCAACACAACCAAGUGAUUGUCAGAUUAAAAGUUGUGACCAUGUGGUUGCAACACAGGAUUACAUUGUUUUGUCAGAAAACACAUCUGAUUCAUUAGUUACUGAGGAAGACAUGCUACACAAUUCCUCUGAGAAAACCUUAUCUGACAGCGCAGAACAAUUGGAGGAUUGUAAGGAUUCCAGUGAUAGAAAUGACAAAUUGGAUCUCUCUCCCAACGACAAGGGACAGCUUUUAAACAUCACUGAAAAUGUUGUCUCUGAUGAUCCUUCCAAUCAGCUUACAGUAUCAAAGACAGUGGAAGCUCCAGCUGGUGAUCAGAUUGAUGUUCUUCAAACUGGGGAGUCUGUACCAGUAAAUGCAGUCGAUAUCUUAACCCAACCCCCACCUCCAACACCCAUGGAGGAAGAAAAGUCCGAAGCCUCAUUUGACAGUGGUCGAAUUGCUAGCCCACCACAACUGAAAGACAACAAAGGUUUUCAGACUCAAACAGAUCAUCAAAUGGAUUCUUCUCAAGCUGGUGGGAUUUUAGAAGAAAAUGUAUCAGCAGAAACAAUGGUGCCUUCAUCCCCUGUGUUGGAGGUAGGAGAAGCUGUAGUGCAAUCCGGCGUUGAAGUUCAGACAAUUGACCAAGCGGAUGCUUAUGAGGUGGGGGAGCCAUCUCUAGAAAAGACUGUAACAGAAAUAGCCAAUCCUCCAUCCUCUGUACCCUCAGAAAACAGAAGUUUGGAAGGCUCACCAGUUCCGAUUCUGGCCAAUAGUGCCGUUGCAGUAUUAGAAACAGCCUUAUCCGAUGUCGCUGAUGUACCCACUGAAAAUGAAUGUUUGGCAUGGGGCUCAUCAAUGCAGGAUCCAGCUGAUAGCGCCGUUCAGGGUUCAACUGAUAGGGCUGUUGCAGUUGCAGAAACGGCAAUAAGUGAUCAAGCUAAUGUUCCUCCAGCUUGCGAUGCUGUGCAUGGUUCAACUGAUAGCGUCAUUGCAGUUGCAGAAACGGCCAUAAGUGAUCAAGCGGAUGUUCCUCCAGCUUGCAACCCGGUGCAGCGUUCAGCUGAUAGCACCAUUGCUGUUGCAGAAACAGUCAUAACUGACCAAGCUGAUGUUCCUCCAGUUCGUGACUCAGUGCCAGAAAGUAAAUCUGCAACUUUGGACCCGCCUCUGGGCUGUUCAGCAGUAGAGGAUGAAAUCUCCGGGCAUUCAUCGGAGGAGAAUCCAGUUAUCAAGAGUUCAGUUGAAUCAGAAUUGGAGGAUCCAAAACAAAGUGACUGAAGGUAAAUCUUCUCUACGUUUUUUGUAUUCCCACCGGGGAGAUCGUAGCUUCAUUAAAUAUGAAUCUCUGCCGUCAUUUUGCGUUAGAUUUUGUAUGUAUAUAGUAUACAGAUUAUAGCUUAGGCCCCUCUUCUAUAUAUAUAUAUUAAUUAUGGCAAUUUUACCUAAUCCUCCUUCAGAUCAAGACCCUUAACCUGUAGAGUAAAUUGUUGAAGUGUUAUGGCAUUGACAGGAACUAUAAUAUUAUCAAUACAAUCAAGAACUUUUAACAAA